AUGUAUUUCAUCAGCUCUUCGGGUCAGGUGAUCUCCGGGGACGUCUGCGCCGGGACCACGACCUGCACCAUCGCCAGCGUGCAGGGCAAGCACCAGAUCAACCAGAUCGCGCUCAACCCCGCCAGCACCGUGCUCUAUGCCACCGCCGGGAACUCCGUACGCAUCUGGGAGCUCAACAGGUUGCAGCCUAUCGGGAAGCUGACCGGCCACAUCGGGCCUGUGAUGUGUCUGACUGUGAACCAGACCGCGAGCAACCACGACCUGGUCGUCACCAGCUCCAAGGAUCACUAUGUCAAGGUACCCUAGGACCCUCCCUCCCUCCCGCUCACGGGCAGCACAAGGGGCCUUUGAGCCCCGGGCCCACUGGUCGCGCCAGCCCUCCCCAGCCCCGUGCAUAGCCGCUCUCCUGUAGGUGCCAGAUACAGGGGCUCGCUGCCCACCAAAGGCCUGGCGAAGAGGGGACGCGCUGGGUGGGGUUGUCCAGAGCACCCGGCGUCAGCCUAACUCUGCUCCCACGGUGGGUGGGAGGGAGCCGUUCUGUUGACUUCAGCAGGAGCAGAAGGA